AUGCAAUCGACAACGACAUCGACAAUGAAAACGACAGCAACCACAACAUCGACAGCAACAACAUCGGCAGUAACAACAUCGACAGCGACAACAUCGACUGCGACAACGACAUCGACAGCAACAACAUCGACAGCAACAACAUCGACAGCAACAACAUCAACAGCGACAACAACAGCGACAGAGACACCGACAACGACAUUGACAACGACGACAUCGACACCAACAAUGAACAAUAAGGACAGCCCUGGCUUUCUGGAAUGUUUUAGAGACGUAGUAUGGAAUCGUGCGCUAAAUUAUGGCCCUUUCGACUCAUAUGAUAAACAGUCCGUGGAAAGAUGUUUCAAACAAUGUCUGGAUUGGCAGCAAGGUAUCCGUAAAGACAAAUACGCCGGUCUGGAAUUUGAAUAUGAAUGUUUCUGUGGAAGUAAUGAUGAUUAUGGCAGACAUGGUGAAAGGCCUGGAGAAUGUGAAGAUCCUUGUACGGGAAAUAAAGACCAGUUGUGCGGAGACUCCGAACGGAUAUCUAUCUAUGAAAUUAGAAAAGGAGUCUGCACUAAUACAGUUGACCCUGCAAACGGAAACCAAUCAAUCACAAAUCCAUGGGAAUUGUCUUAUAACUUGAAUAACUACAAGUUCUUCGGGACAACUGUCCACUUCUACUGUGACACCGGGUUUCGUCUACAAGGUGCAGCAAAUAUAACAUGUGGGAAUGUAGACAAUAUUGCCACGUGGAGUGACGAUGUACCAACAUGUGAAGCUCAAACAACCACUUCUGGUACGACAACGCCUCUGCCCGUCACUACAAUGGAAAUGACGACAAUGACAAGUGCACCCACAAUGACAACGACAAUGACAACGACAAUGACAACUGUAGUGACAUCAAGUAUUCCCGAGAUCACGGAAGAGGCUACCACCAGCCACGACACUGAUGGCAUAACACGUGGUGAAACUUCACCGACAAUGGAGGUCACUACAGUCAAAGCAACAACUGCAUUACAACUCCCAUCAACUGGAAAUUUAGGGCAGAUCGCGGGAAUAACAGUUGCGGUUGUGCUCAGCGUCACAAUAGCCUUGCUCCUAAUGCUCAUAUUUUUCUGGAAGAGGAAAAGAGGAAACACCAUGGACAAGAAAUCUACAGCAGUUGCCAAUGACAAGACGGAGUCAACUUUCAAAAACAAUAUAUAUGAAAAUGCUAAAGACUCGCCGGAUAUUCAAACAUACUCCGAAGUCGUUCUUCAAAAGCCAAGUAUAGAUGACGUAUACGAUGACGUGUACGAUGACGUAAACACGACACCAGAUGACGUGUACACGACACCUGGUGACGUUAACACGGAACCUGAUGACGUGAAAUCGAUACCCGAUUACGUGUCUGUGUCAUCAGCGUAUGAUGGUAAACAGUACGAAGAACCAAACGGGCAAUCAGAUACUGAAUGGGUUGACAAUAGUUUGUAUGGGAGUACGAGCACUGAUGAGCUUCCACUCUCAUUAGAAAUUGAUACAAACGGGGAAGACGGAUGGGUGGAUAACACAAUUUAUGAAUAG